UUCUACGCGUCCUGACCACUGAAUCAUCUUCCACCACCAGAUUUUCUCUCGACGGAGCCGUUGCCUUUCUCCAUUGUUUCCUGCCAUCGAAGGGGCCCCCAUGCAACCUACAUAGUUCCUCCUCAACAGGUCCAUCUCUAUCUUUCAAUUUGAAAGAAAAAACAACUCAACCAUGAAUCCCCAAAAAGGAGUGAAAGCGUCGAAAGGAAUUCGCAGAGAAAAGCUCUGAUCAGUAUAGCAGUCAUGGUUUCUCCCUUUCUCCUCUUUAUUUGCUUCAUUCUUUUCGCCAUCCCGUUCCCUCGGAAUUGCCAUGCUUUAGGAAACUUAACAGCAGGGCAAACACUGAAUCUGACUGAGACCAUCGCAUCAGCAACGAACGCCUUCGUGCUGGGCUUUUUCAUACCAAGGGGCAGCCCUUCUCAGGGUAGGUACUUGGGGAUAUGGUACUAUGAUGUGCCUCAGACCGUCGUAUGGGUGGCCAACAGGGAGAGUCCGAUCCCGGCGAAUGAUUCCGGUGCAGUUCUUUUACUCCCCAACAAUGGAAGCCUCUCAAUUCUCGACGGAAAUGGACGGAAAGUAUGGUCGGUGGGCGAUUUGCCGGGAUCAGGUAGCGAUGCGUUUGCGGAGCUCCAGGAUAGCGGGAAUCUGGUGAUAACUCAGAGCAACAGGGCAAAUCGUGUAUGGGAGAGCUUCAGGUACCCAACGGAUACGUUCCUGCCGAACAUGCAGUUUAUCGUGAACACCAGGACCAGCGAGUCAGUGCUGUGGAGGUCAUGGAAGAGUCCGGUGGAUCCGGCGCCGGGUCCGUUCUCUCUGGGCCUGGAUCGCUACGGCCAACAGCUCUACCUUUGGAAUGGCUCGGUACCCAUCUGGCGGAGCGGUCCGUUGAGGGGCCGGACGUUCACCGGAAUCUCAAACAUGUCCGAUUUCAGCAUAUUUGGAUUCAAUCCGAUGCAGGUGGGCGACGAGUACUCGAUCUCUCUCGCCCCCAACUUCACCGCUCUGACCAGGUUCGCGCUGGAAUACACCGGGGAGAUUAAAGAGUACGAGUGGAGCUCUAGCAACAAGUCCUGGAAUCAAGCCUGGCUCCAGUUUACAACCCCAUGCGACUUCUAUGACCGGUGCGGGGACUUCAGCGUCUGCUACCAGGACCGUCCGGAGGAGUGCGAGUGCUUAACUGGGUUCAAGCGUAGUUCCGGCGGGUGUGUCCGGCAGAGGCCAAUCGGCUGUGUUGAUAAGAACAGCAGCGGCGCCGAUGCCGGUUGGAAUUCCGGUAACUUCGAGCCUUUGCUGAGGAUGAAGCCGCCGGACCAUGGAACAUUGAAUCAGUCGAUUGUUGGUCAGGAGGGGUGCCAGCAGUGGUGCCUCAGCAAUUGUUCGUGCACGGCAUACGCGUACGCGCAGGGCAUGGGCUGCCUGGUGUGGAACGAGAAGUUGGUGGACCUUCAGCAGUUCAUGGGCGUUGACGACGGAAUUAGCCUCUACAUUAGACUAGAUUCUCAGAAGAAGAAAUCGCCGGCAGUCAUUUACGGAACGACUCUCGCGUCAGCUGCAAUUUGUGCUGUUGGGCUCUAUUUGUUGUGGAGAUACUGGGGACGACUGAAAAGUUUUAGUAGAAAACCAAAGGUAGGGGAUGGCUUGAAGGAAGCACAGUCAAGUGAUAUUACCAGCCUGCAGCUGGUGACCCAUGGUUCAAUCGGUCCCAUCAAUGCGCGUGAUGAGGAAAGCCACCAAUUGCCGUUGAUCGACUUCAAUACUUUAAGAGCUGCCACAAACGAUUUCUCGGAUGCAAAUAAGUUGGGAGAAGGGGGAUUUGGCCUUGUUUACAAGGGUAAGCUACCAGAAGGACGCGAAAUAGCAGUGAAGAGGCUCUCAAGGAGCUCCGGACAAGGGUUGGCGGAGUUCAUGAACGAGGUGAAGUUGAUAGCGAAGUUUCAACACCGCAAUCUUGUGAAGCUUCUUGCUUGCUGCAUUGAGAAGCAAGAAAAGAUGUUGAUAUACGAGUAUAUGCCCAACAAGAGCUUGGAUGCUUUUCUUUUUGAUCCAGCAUUCAGUCGGCAGCUAGACUGGGAAAAGAGGUUCAGAAUUGUGCAGGGGAUUGCAAAGGGACUUCUCUAUCUUCACCAAGAUUCACGACUCAAAGUUGUUCAUAGGGAUCUCAAGCCCAGCAAUAUCCUGCUUGAUGCCACUUUGAACCCCAAAAUUUCAGACUUCGGGAUCGCAAGGAUAUUUGGUGCCGACCAAUCCCAAGUCAAUACUACCAGAGUCGUUGGUACAUAUGGUUAUAUGUCUCCAGAGUACGCCUUAGAAGGCAGGUUUUCAAUUAAAUCAGAUGUGUUCAGCUUUGGGGUACUAGUCUUGGAGAUCGUGAGUGGGCAGAAGAUGACAAGGUUCUACCACGAAGAGCUUCUUCUCAACCUUCUUGGAUAUUCAUGGAAGCUGUGGAAGGAAGGCAACGCCUUGGAGUUGCUGGAUCCGUCGCUGGAGGGGCAAUGCUCCGAAAUGGAAGUGUUGAAGUGCAUCAACGUGGGACUGCUUUGCGUGCAGGAUGAGGCUACAGAUCGGCCAUCGAUGUGUGCAGUUAUUCAAAUGCUGAACAGUGAAGCAGCAAACUUCUGCGAGCCGCAGAUGCCGGCCUACUACUCCAGGAGAAGACUUUUGGACAACUCUUCUUCAUCUUCUGACGCCUAUCCGAUCAGAAGCCGAACUGUGAAUGGUCUUACCGUCUCUGAAGUGAAUCCUCGAUGAACCAUGGGCGUUUGUCUCAAAUAUUGGCAGCUGGCUCAAUUUUGAAGGUUUGAAAUUGUAAAAAAAAAAGACAAGAUUCAUGGGACAAGAAGGCUAAGUCCGAACCAUGUAAACCAUCCUCAAGGCCGUGACGUUCAAAUGGGCAGCCGAGAUGAUGAAAGGCCAGAACAGGCUAUUACAUGGCCCGGUUAAGAGCUGAAACCUUCUCCUUUUCCUUUGUUUUCAGGUUCUCAAAUCGAUCAGCAUUGAUACUAGGUAGCGAGAUUUUCAUGUGUUUCAACUUGUAUGUUUGACCAACUCCUCCUACGGCAUAGAGACAUCUAUAACCCGGCACCUCUAGCUUGCCCAUUUGAGCCAUGCCCCUCGAGCCCAAAGCAGGUUAUCCCAUGCUUGAAAGGUAACAAGCUAUCAGAUGGAUUUAAUGCUAAGGGAAAGUGGGUUCUCAUGUGCUGAGCCACCCUUGACAGCUGAACCUGUUACCAGGCAGAGAUAAUUCUCCGGGAAAGUGGGUUCUCGAUGAGCUCAGCCAUCGCGUCCAAUUCAAUAGCUGAGGGAUGAUUUGGUGUUUUGAUUGUAUA